GAUUUCCAAGGCAUUGUAUCAUUGGCUACUUUUAAAGGGAGUGUUUACUGCAGGGCGUAACUUGACACUGUAACUCUUUCAGUUUUAUUCUUACCCCUUAUUUCCUUCACAUUAAAUUCAUUCCGUGUGCAAGAUCCUUGACAACCAGUCAGACAUCCUCAUGUAUCAAGUGUAAUAAGUGGACGUUUCUGAUGUCUUGUCUAUGAUGACAGCACUAAAUCAAUGAGGGCUUGCUGACAAGUUUACAUUAAAGGAAUAACAGCUGAUCCCAAAUGGUCCUUGUAAAGGGGAUUAUGAUGAUCCCAUGGUUAUUACUGGUCUCACUGUUCUGCAAGAGCACACAGGAUGGAAAUGGCCAAGAAAGUGGUGUCCUGCAUUGUGGAGCUCAGAAUCUGAAACUAACCAACUCCAGUCAGAUGAUCCUGUUAACAUGGGAAGACACGCCUUCAUGCUCUACAGUACAGGAUGUGCUGAUCUAUGAGCUGGAGGUUCUCAUAGCGGACAAGAAAGAACAUUAUGAUGAAGUUGCUGUGACACCUGACCAGAUAGGAUCUACUCACUCCUGGAACUGGAAGUCAUAUUUGGCAUUGGAGUGUGCUUCCCAUUCAGUGAGGCUCAGGUCCCGAUACAAAAACCACACAAGCCAAUGGAAUCAAGAGACUCUUCCUGGGCUUGAAACAUCAAAAGCUGAGGUUUAUCCAAAGGGCAAACACUUCCAGGUUGGCAGUACAGCCACCUUCUGCUGCGUUCUGCCUGCGGGGGACGUUUUUGACAAAAUGUCUCUGCCUGAGUAUAGUAGUGCUGAUAUGAACACUACCAGGAUCAGCAAUCAGACCUAUGCCUUGACCGUCCACCUGAACCAGGCAUCAAAAUACAGUUGCACUGAUGUAAAAUGUGAACUGAAUCCUGAUGUUGUAUAUGGGGCUUGUGCUUAUAUUGGCUACCCACCUAAUGUCACGGACCUUCAAUGUGAAACCCGAGAUCUGCAAUCAGUCGAUUGCCACUGGACGGAUAAAGACUCAAGCCUACCCUUUAAGAGUGUAACAGAGUAUCAUCUACUUGAAAGUCCGACAAUCUGUGCAAAGUGGCCUGAGACGACAUGCUCUCAAGAAGUGCGAGUCGACGCUCGCGAGAGAAACUGGACAUUAACAGCAAGUAAUCCUUUGGGCGAGGUGAAGCUUUCCGACACUGCAGACCUGACUAAAAGAGUGCACAUGUUCCCUCCUGAGGGAGUGACAGCUUUGAGUGUGAAUGCCAGAAAUGUCAGCCUGGAGUGGAAGUGGACGGUGCAACAGUACUAUAAUCUCAGUUUAAUAUGCCAAGUGAACAUUAAUAACCACGGUGAAAACACCAUAAGUGAAUACUUUGGAGUUGGUCUUAAGUUUGCAGUUUUGAAUGAUCUGAUACCAAAUUGGACAUAUAAUGUGGCAAUACGAUGCAGAACAGCACAACAUUUCUGGAAAUGGAGCAGCUGGAGCACAAAUGUCAACUUCCAUACAAAGGGUGAUGUUCCAGAUGCUCUUGAUGUGUGGAUGCAGGUGAUGGACAACCAAAUUAUAACCAUCUGGAAGAUGCCACUGGCCAACCAGAGUCAUGGACACAUCGAAGACUAUGAAGUGACCUGGACCAAGACCACGGAGAGAGAGCGACAAAAUAGGACCAAAGUGGCUCCCAACAAUUUCAGUCUUGCCCUCAGUCUGGACACCACUGUCGGGCAUAUCGUCACAGUUACAGCUAGGAAUAUAAACGGCAGUUCAGCCCCAUCAACCAUCACCAUCCCCAGCUCCAAUCCAGACGGAACCAGAGUGAACACUUCUUUGAUCAUUGGCAGCAGCGGUAGCUUCAACCUGUCCUGGUCUGCCAGUCCAACAGCCAGCUGUGGCUACAUAGUGGACUGGUGUUCUACCUUAGGAAAUUGCACUGUGGAGUGGCUGAAAGUGUCUCCCAAUCAGACUAAUGCCAGUAUAUUUUCAAAAAACUUCAAAGAUGGACUGAGAUACACUUUGUCAGUAUAUGCCUGCACCCAGGGAGCUCCUGUGCUACUACAAAGAAGAGAGGGCUAUGUUGGAGAGAAAAAAAUACAAGACGGCCUGUUUAAAUCAGUCAAGGGGCAACAGCAGGAUUGGGAUUACGAGGUAUCCUGGGAGCCUAUAUCUCGAAGAGAGCAGACUGCUUUUAUCCAAGGCUAUGUCCUGUAUUGUUUGGACAACAACAACAACAAAGUCAUCAACUUCAGCACAGACAAUCCUGAAGCCAAUAGCCUGACAGCAAGAAACCUUAAAAAUGGUUCCUACAUAUUCACAGUAAAGGCACGGACAGCAGUUGGAGAAUGUGGCGCUACAUCCAUCACUGCCACCUUGAAUUUACUGACUGAUAACUUGAUAGGGACAGUCUUCAUUUCCCUGGCUGCUGUUUUUGGUCUCCUUUCCCUCAUCACUAUUGUUUGCUACAGACACUGGACAUGUAUCAAAGAUACGGUCUAUCCUCCUAUCCCAAAGCCAGUGUUGACAUCAACGGGUGAACAUGGAUGUCGUAAUUUUCAGGUGGAUCAGUGUCACUAUAGUGAAGCCGAUAUCAUGGAUGUUCCGGAACUGUAUUGUAGAGCAGGAACACCAAUAAAUGGUUUUGUCAGCCAGGAGAACAUGCCAUUUGUUUUUUCACAAACUCCAAAGGGUUACUACAACCAGCCCCUGAAAAAGUUCACCCCACCACCCCUCACUUUACCAUCUACAGCCAUCCCAUCUCAGCCAGGGUUACCAUCUUCUCCAUUUAGAAGGGAAUUUCCUAAUGCGUCAUACAACCUGAUAAUGCAGCCUGGGAAUCAGCAGUCCAACUUCUGUCCUGAGCUUCAGGAGGGAAUGUCUUUAGAGAGAAGCUCCGAUGGAUACCAGCCUCAUGGUCACCCGGAAACCUUCACUACAAACCAGACAGAAGAAGAUCCAGACACUCCUAUGUCCUGUGUCUCCACUUACAUAUUGUUACCACAGUCAUCUUCCAGAUAGCUUCUGCAUGCAAUGCCGGUAUGGUAUGUUAUAGGUAGGGUAGCCAGAAAACUGAAAUUUAACAUGGAUUUAGUGAAACACUUAUGCCUUAACGACCGUUAUCUACCGGACCAAAUAGCAACGCGGAUUUCGGUGCCUUAUUUAGGUGCCACUUAGAUGCCUG